AGCCCCGCCCCUUUCCCCACACUGGCCCCGCCCCCUGCCCGGCAUCAGCUGUGCCCGGCUGGCGCCCGGCCGCGGGGGGGGCAGGUCAUGGAGGAGGAUGCGGAGGAGCAGCCCCAAGGCUGGCUCAGUGGCUGGCUCCCCGCCUGGCGCCCCACGUCCAUGUCCCACCUCAAGAAUGUGGAGGCCCGGAUCAUGCAAUGCCUGCGGAGCCCGUUCAUGGGACGCUACGUGACUCUGCCAAACCGAGCGCGAAUUUGGACUGUGUCUCUGCGCCCGGAGCGGGAUGAGAGCCGGACCCCGCUGGUGCUGCUGCAUGGAUUCGGGGGUGGCGUGGGGCUCUGGGUGCUGAACCUGGACGCCCUGGGUGCCCGGCGGUCCCUGCACGCCUUCGACCUGCUGGGCUUUGGGCGCAGCUCCCGGCCACCCUUCCCCCAUGAUGCCCAGGAGGCUGAGGAUGCCUUUGUGGGCUCCAUUGAGGCCUGGCGCCAAGAGAUGGGCCUCAGCAGCAUGAUCCUGCUGGGGCACAGCCUGGGCGGCUUCCUGGCUGCCUCUUACAGCCUGCAGUACCCUGAGAGGGUGAAGCACCUCAUCCUGGUGGACCCGUGGGGCUUCCCAGUGCGGCCCGCUGACCCCAGCCAGACCCGCGCUCCCCCUACCUGGGUGAAGGCCGUUGCUGCUGUCCUGGGGCGUUCCAACCCCCUGGCUGUGCUGAGGGUCGCCGGCCCCUGGGGCCCCAGCCUCGUCCAGCGCUUCCGGCCUGACUUCAAGCAGAAGUUUGCAGAGUUCUUUGAAGAUGACACCAUCUCUGAGUACAUCUACCACUGCAAUGCCCAGACACCCAGCGGCGAGGCAGGCUUCAAGGCCAUGACGCAGGCACUGGGCUGGGCCCGUCGCCCCAUGCUGGAACGGAUCCACCUGCUGCCAACGGCCCUGCCCAUCACACUCAUCUAUGGCGCCGAGUCCUGGAUCGACACCAGCACUGGACGUCGGGUCAUGGAGCUGCGGCCUGGCAGCUACGUGCGGCACCUGGCCAUUGCUGGCGCCUCCCACCACGUGUACGCCGACCAGCCAGCCGCCUUCAACGCAGCCGUGCGGGAGAUCUGUGAUGCUGUUGACUGACAGGGGGCAGGCCCCAGAUUGGAGGGGGGGACAUGGAGCUGAGCCUGGCCUCACACAGGCCCCCCCCAUGCAUUGUGAAGUGGACAUGGGUUCAGCAUCCUCUGCUGUACGGGGCUUCAUGCCCAUUUCUUAGCCUUAUUCCUUCUCUGUUGUUUAUCUCCUUGCAUACUAAUUUGACCCCACCGGGGUGGGGGGUAGGAUGGGCAAUGGUUCCUCCCUCUGCUUGUAGAGGGGCAAGGCCUCAGUGUGGGGCAUUGCGGGACAUGGCUUUGGAAUUUAUCCUCAUAAGAGGAGGGGUAUAAGCCCCAGUCCCAGGCUGGCAGGUGGCCUAGGACCGUCAGGAUAGGGGGGUUUGUUCUAUCCAGGGGGAUCCACCUCAGAGGCCAGGGGGGUUCAUGGGUGCGAUAUGGGGGCAGCUUUGCACUUUAUGGAGGUCCAGCACUGAUUUGGCGUCCCGUUUUUUGUGGGGAGCACUGCUAUAGGGUUGCUUGGCCUGGUGAUGGGGGCUCAGCACAUGGGCUACAGCAGCUUCACCCUUUAGUGGGCACUGGCCCCAUCCUGGCACAGGUGGGCAGGCUCAUGGGGGUCAGAUAAUGAAGCAUGGUGGGGUUCCAUUCAACGGGGGGUGAGGAGGGGGGUGCCAGCCAUGAUCCAGCCCUGUACUGGGACUGAUCAGUUGGGGGUGUCAGUGAAUGGUAUACAAAGCACAGAUCCCCCCCCCGAUGGCAGCAAUCCGGCCCCCUGGCAGAAUGACAUGCUGCUUUGGAAGUGGGCGGUAGGUUCCCUACCUCCCUACCCUGACUCCCCUGCAUGCCUCAUGCCUUGCUCACAGGAUUAGCACCUUUUCCCUCAUGUGCCUUAUGACUGGGGCCUCAGAAGCACAGAUCUGAACUCACAUCCUUGCAGUUGGGGGUGGGGGGCUGCUUAUUCCCCCCCUCACCACCCUCAAUGGUGUUCCCUAACACCCCCUCUGCCCCCCUCCCCAAUAUCUUUUCCCCAUGCUGGGCUGGGCAGUGCUCCCAGCUCCUCCAUGCCCUGCUCUCUGCCUGCUCCUAGUUCCUGUGGGGCUCAGGGGUCCCUUGGCUGGGCCAAGAAGGUGCCACGGCAGGGACAGGGGUGACACUGCAGAGAAGCACAAAGGCUAUUCCUCUCCUCCCAGGGAUGGGUGCAGUCACGAGGGCAGCACAUGCGUGUUUGCAGCUGUGCCUUUGGUGCCAUAUGAAAACUCCAUUCAUGGGGAUCAGGACUUGCCUGCUCCCAUUCAGACCCCCCUACCCUGCUCCUGCUCUACCCUGCCCUGCGGUGCUUUGUAUAGGGACUGAUGUGGUUUUACUAACUUUUAUAUGUUAAUAAAGAAACCUGGAAAAGC